AUGUUAUCCCUUCUGUUAACAGCAGCAGCGCUUUUCGCGCUCGCCUCUGCCGCAUCAGUGCCGGCGGAACUGCAGAAUGUGGUCCUUGCCUUCAAUCACGCGCAGAUCGUCCCUGACGUGAUCCCCCGUUUCGCCCCCACUGCGCUGCUGAACGUCGCUUUCCCCGACGCCGCCACAAACGCCAGCACAAACUCGACGGGGGACACCCUCCUCGCAGCACAGAUCCUCCGGCGCCCGACGGUCUCGCUCGCGCCCGCCGGCCCCGCGCUCCAAAACGGCACCUUCCUCCUCGCCAUCAUCGACCCGGACGUGACGCCGACGGACGGCGGCGUCCCCCAGUACCGGCACCUCCUCGCGCCCGGGCUGCAGCUCACCGGCGCGCUCUCCGCGGCCGCCACCGGACGCGCCGUCCCGCUCGCGAACACCUCUGGGGUCUUGACCGAGUACACGCCCCCCUCCGCACCCGGCGGCGCGAGUCCGCACAGGAUCGUGAUGCUGCUGUACGCCCAGCCGGACAACUUCACGAUGCUGGACGCGCGCACGUACGUGAACUCGAGCACGCCCGCGUCCGGCUUCGACAUCGCCACGUUCGCGGCGCGGAUGGGUCUCGGGCCGCCCGUCGCGGGUGCGUUCUUUUACCUCGGCCUGGACCCGCCGGCGUCGACGGCGAGCAACACGGCGAGCGCGACAGUGACGACGACGGGAUCGAACACUGCGGCGAGCGGCUCUGGGACGGCUGCGGCGGGGAGCCAUGCAAACGGGGCGGUGUGCGCGAGGGCGGGGGUGCUGGGGGUGCUGGUGGGGGUUGUAUUGGUUAUGACGGCGUUGGGGCCACUUGGAGUGUAG